AUGUUCAUCGUCAGUUUGGCCAUAGCUGAUCUGAUCGUCGGCCUCAGCGUCAUGCCCAUCUCCACAGUCUACAUCUUCACCACCGACUGGCUCUUUGGCGUCGCCGUCUGUCAGAUCUGGAUCGGCAUCGACUACAUCGCCUCCACCGCCUCCAUCCUCAACCUCUUCAUCCUCAGCCUCGACCGCUACUGGUCCGUCACCGCUCCACUGCUGUACCUCAGGAAACGUACCAAAAAGAGAGCGCUCAUCAUGAUCUCAUGCGUGUGGACAGCAUCCUGCUUGUGGAUUAUUCCAAUCGUUGGGUGGCACCAUAUUGCUCAUGGAGGUGUUAGAACUGUGGAAAACGAUGUUUGUGAUACUGAAUAUGCUCGUGAUUCUGUCUUUAAAAUUGUGACAGCGUUUUUCAAUUUUUACUUGCCUCUAGCUGUGAUGUAUUCGUUAUAUUGGAAAAUAUUCCAAGAAAUUCGCAAACGUUCAGAAUUUGAGUUAGGACAGAGAAACUGUGGAACUGUUCCGACGUACAUCACCGGACCUCAGCCGUCGCAUUCCGGAGAUGAAAGCGAACACAGGGAUGAUACUUUUACGGAUGAUAAUACCCAUUCUAUACCAGAAGAUCCUGUAAUAGCAUCACGGACUAUUCAAAACGCCCACUUCAACGGGCGGAGUGUUUCCACAAAGAGUCGAGACGGUUAUAAAAACCUUCGUCUUGUCGCCGUUAAAAGACAGAUGAGCGCCCGAGAGGCUCGAACGCCCGCUGCUUAUAGAGUGGAAUAUAUAUACGAUGAAAGCGUUAUAGAUCCUCAAACGGAGCGAAUUGAGAGGUAUUAUUAUGAAGAACACUUGCCUUUACAAAUUAAAAACCCGGGAGCUGUUGCCGGAAAUUGUCGAGCUCGAUCCGAGACUUCAUCGUCUCAUUCCAGUUCCUCGGCGAGUACAUUCGAAGACAGGCCGAAUGACAAACACGAGCGGACACUGUCACGGGGAGAGAACUACUCUCUUAUAAGUGGCAUUCGGCGGAUACGACAAGCAGAACGUUUGUUAGAUAAGACUGUUGCUGUGUCAGACGGGAGUCGGCAGAACAGCAGGGAAAAGAAUUUAUUCGUCUUACGGGACGAUAAAAAUAGACGACUGACUGGUAUGCUAAAUAUAAAAGAAAGAAUUAAGACAUUUCGCCAGUCAUCUUCGUUAACGAAAGAAAUCAAGGCUGCUCGUCAGCUCGGUGUCAUCAUGGGAGCAUUUACAGUGUGUUUUUUGCCCUAUUUCAUUCUGUUUUUAGUGGUUGCUUUCUGUGAUGAUUGUAUUGACCCUGGACUCCUUACAGCGAUGACGUGGGUAGGCUACCUCAACUCCACGCUCAACCCUUUCCUCUACCCACUUUGUAACCAGAACUUCCGCCGGAAGUUCAGAAAGAUGUUACAAGUUUGUGGGCCAAGCUCUCCAAGGCGGGGAGCUGAGUGCUGCGAUAGAAACAGUAUAACUAACGCUAGGUUUGACUAACGUUUUGCCCGUUUAGGUACUUUUACAUUUUCCAAAUCAGGGCCCUGAUGCACAAAGCGUUCGUAUCGUUACGAACUCCCGUAACUCAGUUUACCAUAGGCUUACGAAUGUCGUAGCGCUACGAACGUUUUCUGUAUCGGGACCCAGUUCGUUAUGUUGCUUGGUAUUACGAAGGACUUCCUAAAACCAGAUCACUGUGAAACCCCGUUAACUCGACUCAUCGAAUGAUCGACACAGACUAACACUUAGAGCUAACAGUUUUUUAAAGACAAACUGGGAGCUUAAUUGCGACCAUGUAUCGCAAUUAUUAGACA